UAUUUGCCGCCGAGCCUAGUUUUGGUAUACCAGCCACGAAUGUGACGUUUGUUGAAGGAGAAACUGCAGUUCUAGAAUGCUCAAUACUUCAUCUAACAGAAGAUCACAAUGUUGCGUGGACAGACGCACAAGGGUUUCCUCUUACACUAAAUUCUAAACGACUAAUUGACGAUAAACGUAUGAGUGUUGAGAGACCCCUGGAACAACUCUGGAACUUACAUAUACGUGAUGUUAGAUACUCAGACAGGGGGAAAUAUAUAUGUCAGAUCAGUACAAGUCCUGAAAAACAUAAAGAUGUUAUUUUGAAUGUUAUAGUUCCACCAAUCAUCAUUGAACAAUAUUCAAGCACUGAUAUGACAGUACAAGAAGGCGAUACAGUAACUAUCGUGUGUAAUGCCACUGGUGUACCGCAGCCAGAAAUUAGCUGGUUCCGGUUUCUAACAGAUCCUAUGCAACAAAGAGAGAAAAUAGGGACUACUGGUGAGGUUUUGAUAAUCCACAACGUGUCCCGUGAGUGCGGAGGAACAUACGUGUGUGAGGCUGAAAAUGGGGUGGAGCCUAGUCAGUCACGUGAGAUUAAUCUAGUAGUUCAAUAUCCACCAGAGGUUUUCUUGCCGUCUGCGAAACUUGGCCAGCAUCCUGGCCGGGAGACUUUCUUACAGUGUGAGGUGACAGCCAAUCCACAUGGUACCAUGUUCUGGGAAAGAGACGGGCAUGAUCUAAUUGCUGACAUAAGCGGAAAAUUCAAUGUGGAAAUAUUUGAUACUGACUUCGAACAAAGAAAAAUAUUAAGCCUUCGAAUACGUGAAAUAAAAAAUGAAGACUUUGGACGAUAUACAUGUGUGGCAGAUAACUUUGCUGGUGAAGAUAAAGAAACAAUGAUAUUGUAUGAUUACUCCAUUCACAUGCGUCGACCGGAAACGACGACAGAAAGUCCAAUAAUUGUAAUGCCGGAUGACACGGGGCGCUGGAAACCACCGGAAACUAGACCCGAGUACAAUCCUGGUAGACGCAAUCACUAUAAUGACGACAACAAUGAAAAUGUUGGAGCAAUACACGGAGAAGGCGGAUCAAAUCAACUUUCCAUGCCAGUGAAAUAUAUAUCUCUAAUCGUUUUAAUCAAUUAUUGGACAGUUUUCAACAUGCUGACGUCAUGACCUGAUCCGGAAGUUUGAUAUCCCGUUACAAACCGGAAGUUCCAUAGUGUUAACUGUACAUAUCUGUAAUAAAGCUAUAUGAAACGAUAUUUCUAAUAUAAAUUCUAAAGUCAUUUAUAACUUGUGAUGUAUUUGAAGUUUUUCUUGUGCAUUUACAUUGAAUUAUAUGUAAUUAUACAUGUAAUUUGAACCAUUAUCAGUUUUAAAUUUACUGGUGUCACAAUCAUUCUGAGUGUAUUAAGAUAAACAUACAACAAUUACUGUCCAUACAAUUAGCUCUACUAUUCCAGUCAUAAAUUAUGAUUUGUGUGGUUUUAUUGUUUAUCGCACGGCUGUCACUUGGAAGAAUAUUUGAUGAACUGACGUCAGAUUCACGAAUUUUAGGCAAAGGUGACACAUAAUUAUGUGCUUCUGUGACGAUAUAGUCUACAGGAAUAUUUAAAUGUUGUCACAAAGCAUUAUGUUACUACAAACGAGUUAAGCGUGGAAACAUUGGCAACAAAUUUAUUACUGAUACAUCUACGAAUAUGAAGACAUUUUGUAUAACCCUGUUUGGACGAUUGAAAUGAUUACCCGAAGCGCACGUCGAUUUUUAUACCGUUAAAACUUUACAGUGUAACUUGACCAAAUUCUUUAUUAGACUUUAUAGUACUGUUUCAUACAUAAUAAAAACGCAAUAAAAAAAGACGUAACAAAUGUGCAGUGUUAUAAAAAGGCUUGAUACAUGUAUUAAGUGUAAAAUACUG